AUGGGUGAAAAUGGAAGUAACGAUAAUAACAAAAACGUAUCAUUGUUCGACCAUAUUGAUAUUUUGCAUGUACAUCAACUAGCUACGAGAAUCACAAUUCCGAUCCUUUGUAUAUAUUUGUUAAAUGGAGUGCUGCGGUACGACCAAUUUAGCGACUCUUACAAGGAUGAUUGCUACGCCGAAGUGGUGUUCAGAUUCCGAAUCAGUACUCUAUUUUUGAUCUUUUUGGGAUACUUCACGCCAUAUCUCACCACGCAUGUCUUUAGUGGCGGUGUAGAGUUGAGCUAUCUGUCACUUAUUACGCUUAUAAUAACGACAUUUCAUUGGCUUGACGGGGCGGGACUGAAAUUAGAACAUUUUUAUGUCACAUUUGCAUUGGUACUAAUUGUAUUUCAUCCCUACUUAUAUGGACCAAUUUCCCUGGGGCACAUCCAUGACAGUCUAUACAUCCAGUGUGCUGUUGUCACCCUGCUUACGUCCACUGCAGUUUUAUUCUCAUCAUUAACACUACUCACAGAUAGGUUGGAUUUUUUUUGGAAGGUCCCUAUCCCAUUCUAUAUCAUCAACUACCUAACAAUGAUGUUGUCAUCAUUGACUAAUUUGUUGCCCAUCACCCGUCCUGCCAUCCGGUGCAACUGA